AUAAUGCUUCGUCAUCUCUCUCUUCCUCGUUUACUGUUUGCACAUCGGAGAGAAAACACAAAAUGUCAUCGAAGGACAAGAAGCCAGCGAAGCCGUCGAGCAGUCGAGCCGGUGGAAUCCGCACUCUUUCCGAUCUCAAUCGGAGAUCAAAUCCGGACUCCGACAGCGAUUCCGACGGUCCUCAGGAAUACUACACCGGCGGCGAGAAAAGUGGUAUGAUGGUUCAAGAUCCAUCGAAGAAAGAUGAUGUUGAUGAGAUAUUCAAUCAAGCUAGACAACUUGGAGCCGUUGAAGGACCUCUUGAGACUCCUUCUUCGUCUUCGAGUUCCAGAAGCUUUACUGGAACAGGGAGGUUGCUUUCUGGUGGAGAGAGUGUUUCAACUGCUCCUCCUCAACAGCCUGACCCUGUGGCUCACACCAUUAUCUUCUGGUCUGAUGGUUUCACCAUUGAUGAUGGUCCUUUGAGGAAGUUGGAUGAUCCAGACAAUGCUUCUUUUCUCGAGGUACUACACCUGAACCAAAAUAGUAUUCGGAAGUCUGAGUGUCCAAAAGAGCUUGAGCCUGAAGAUAGAAGAGCUCCUGUACAUGUCAAUCUGAUGCGAAGGGAAGAGAAAUGUCCAGAAAGAGAGAAGCCUAAGGUUUCAUUUCAGGGUGUUGGAAGGACUCUUGGUGGUACCUCAUCGGUGGUGGCUCCUGAUUCCGCACCCGUUCCUGUACAAACCGGGGUCGCAGCAGCAGCACCACCAUCUCCGUGUCUUGUGAUAGAUGAAACCGCUCCGACCACAUCGAUCCAGAUUAGACUAACGGAUGGGACCCGGCUUGUGGGUAAGUUCAAUCACCAUCACACGGUCCAUGAUAUUCGCGCUUUCAUUGACUCCUCUAGACCUGGAGCUCCGGUUAAUUACCAGCUUCAGACAAUGGGGUUCCCACCUACGCCUUUGGCUGAUCUCGCUCAGACCAUUCAACAAGCUGGUUUAGCCAACUCUGUCGUUCUUCAGAAAUUCUAAAAAUUUCUAGAUUGUCUGUUCCUUUUAUUUUUGGGUCUUUCUAUAUGCAUUAUGGAUCAGAGUUGCAUAACUGUUAUUAUAAUCAAGAAAAUGUUGGCGUCUCUGUAAGCUACUUAUACGCAGCAUAAAUGGCUUUUGGAGGAAAGACUUUUGGUA